AUGCAACACUCCUGGACAUACAAGAAAAGCUUUGUAAAUUCUAAAGUUGAUCUAUGCAGAAGGUGUGGUAAAGAUCGUAAUGAUAAAGAAGAUCACAACUUAUGUGAAAUAAGAUGCCAUCAUUGUGAUGGACCACAUACAUCAACUGAUUAUUCAUGCUUAUUUAUUCAAGAAUAUCGUCGUGAACUUGUACUUGAAUUAAGAAAUCAUCCUGAUCUACUUCUAGCUGAAGCAAAACUAUUCAUACCAACUGAAUGUCGUGAAAGUGGUAAAGGAACAAAGAUUUUAGGAAAUAAAUCAGCUCAAUAUCAACAGUUUAAGAAAAAUCAAAAUCAAUGGUACCAUCCAUUUAAUCAUCUGAGUUCUGAUUAUAAAAAUCAAUGGCCUUCAUCACCACACUCAUCGUCAGAUUCACAUACAUCAAUUUCAAAUAACAAUUAA